CUAACUAAGAAAGCGGGAGAACCAGAUGGGGCAUUACGCAAGGUUUGCUGUUUACCUCCUUGCAUGGGGCCUCCUCCCUCCCUAUAAAACCUGACGUGGUGAGGAGACGCGCUGAGUCUGAUCUGGGUAAGCGAGGCAGCCCGGGAGAGGGGUAGAGAGGAGGUGCGAAGUGAAUGAGGGAGGCGCAGCGAGGGGCUUCGAGUCAGCACGCAGCGGGGGUGGUCCACCACCUGCGCCCGCGGGGGCGGCUGCUACGGUCGCGGUCGCGGGCCAGGGUGCGUCCGGACCCCGGCUUUCCAUGGAGGCUCCCGAGCUGGGCCCGGGGUUGGUGGAGCGUCUGGAGCAGUUGGCGACGUGUCCGCUGUGCGGGGGCCCCUUCGAGGACCCAGUGCUGCUGGCGUGCGAGCACAGCUUCUGUCGUGCGUGCUUGGCGCGCUGCUGGGGGACCCCGGCGGCGCCGGGCUCGGAGGCGGCACCCCCUUCCUGCCCCUGCUGUGGCCAGCCGUGUCCCCGACGCAGCCUGAGGUCCAACGUGCGUCUGGCAGUGGAGGUGCGCAUCAGCCGUGGCCUGCGUGAGAAACUGGCAGAGCCGGGAGCCCGGACUGGGAGACGACGCGGGGGCCGCAUCCCCACCAUGGGCUGCCUGGACCCGCACGGAGAGGAUAUGAGGAAGACGUGGAGGCGAUUUGAGGUCCCAGCACCCAAGUCAUCCAUCUCAGACGAGGACCUUCCUGAAGAUUACCCUGUAGUGAAAAACAUGCUCCACAGACUGACAGCUGACCUGACGCUUGACCCUCGCACUGCACACCGUGGUCUGCUCAUCUCCUCUGACUACCGCGGCGUGAGUCUGGCUCCACCUGGAACGCCAGAGCCCCUGGACAGUCCAGCGCGCUUCGACCAACUCCCAGCCGUGCUGGGUGCGCAGGGCUUCGCUUCAGGCCGCCACUGCUGGGAGGUGGAGACCGUGGAGGGCCCGUCCUUCAGAGACUCUACCUCGGAGGUUGAGGACACAGGGGAGAGCUGCUAUGCCUUGGGCGCGGCCGGGGAAUCCGUGACGCGCAAGGGCCUCAUCAAGCUGUGCCCAUCCGAGGCUGUAUGGGCUGUGGAGGGCCGCGGCGGCCGCCUAUGGGCGCUCACGGCCCCAGAGCCCACUCUGCUAGGCGGCGCCAGGCCGCCGCCGCAGCGCAUUCGUGUGGACUUGGACUGGGAGCGGGGCCGUGUGGCCUUCUAUGACGGCCGCUCUUUGGACUUGCUCUUCGCCUUCCAGGCGCCGGGCCCACUCGGGGAGCGCAUCUUCCCGCUACUGUGCACUUAUGAUCACCACGCCCCGCUGCGCAUUGUGCCCGGAGAAGGCUGAGCGUCUGGUCCCCUACCUCUUACCCUAGCCUAUACCGGAUGCCUUGAGGCCACUUCUCUCUGGUGCAGAAAUCCCCAUCUAUUUCACUGAUCAUGUCUGUACACCUGAUGCAGCAGGGGUACUAAUAAGCACCCUUUACCAACUUACAUUCUUUUUCCCAAAGACCUCAAACUGGCUUGUACAUCCGUGCCUUUAAGCCAGUCUGGUCCUGUGUCUCCAUGCCCUAACUCAACCUUUUGAGUUCCCUUUCUGUAUCAUUCCAGUCAGGGAUCGAGAAAGGCUCUGCACCACCAAUCCUGGGAAAGUCUGCGUUUACCUCUAAUCUUAAAGGGCUCAGGGCCUGAUCCGCAGCAGAAAGGCUGGAGCCUUCUGAGGUCCACUCUGAGGAUUCCCCUCAAGAAAAGUC